CUACAUGAGUCGGUGCUAACCCCUUUUUAAAAAGUACAAAAGUAGUAAAAUAAAAUAUUGAUGGAUGAUUAACUUCGUGCCGAAUUUACUAAAGAUGUUGAUUCAUGACUGACAGUUAUUCUGGCCUGUUUUUGUUUAAGGAAACAUUAAACGGAUGUUUUUUUUAACGGAAGCUCCUCCCGGUGAAGCACCGGUCACUGGUGAAAGAUUAACGUCAAACUAUUACGUCAAUAUUAUUUCUAUAAAUAUUUUUAUUAUUAUUAUGAUUAUUUCUAUAAAUGAGCUUCCCGCCGUUACCGGAGCUGCGCUCCUUCCGCUGACGCAGAGGAUGACGUCACAUGUAGCCGACGCCGUCACCGUCUCUACGCAAAGACGCUGCGUCGGGGAACCCGGAAGUGCCCUCGCGUUGUUUACACUCGGCUCUUUUGUUUCGGCAGGAUGUCGAAGAAACGGUCGAAGAGCAGCGAGAACCGGAGCCUGCGGGCCGCGAUCGACCGGCAGCUGGCGGCGGCCGCGGACCACAUCUUCAGGCUGCUGCAGGAGCGCGGGGGGGCCGAGCCGCGGCGCCUCAGGCAGCUGCUGACGGAGCGGAUCGCCGCCGCCGUGGAGGAGAUCCUCAGCGCGUUCAGAGCCUCCAGGGAACCGGAGGGGCCCGGGGUCAGUCCGGGACCCGGACCCGGAGCAGACGGCACAGAGUUGUGUCUGUCGCUCGGCGUCCGGAGUCUCUCCGAUGAUCCUCUGCCCAGCACAUCCUCCGGACCAGAGACCGCCUCCGAACCAGACCGCCCCCCGGCCUCGCCAGAGGAUCCGGCCAGUGAAGAGGAAGAGGAUGAUGAAGAGACGACAUCUCACUGCUGCAGAGUCUGUGGAAAGUCCUUCGACAGGAAAGGCUUUUUGAUGAAGCACGUGGAGAAACACUCGAAGGAGUCGGAAUGUGUCUGUGGUCUGUGCGGAGAGCGCUUUGACUCCAGCGACGGGCUGAAGCUUCACCUCCAAACUCACCGCGACAGCAGCAGGACCUGCGACGUCUGCGGGAAGAAGUUCCCGUCGAUCCGAGCUCAGGAGACGCACCUGAGGCUGCACACUGGAGAGAAACCGUUCAGCUGCCACAUCUGCAGAAAAGGCUUCAACCAGAAGGGCAACAUGGUGACGCACAUGAGGAUCCACACGGCGGAGAAGCCGUUCAGGUGCAUCGUCUGCCGCAAAGAGUUCAGCCAUGCUGGCUCUCUGGAGAGACACAUGAAGGCCCACGACGGACAGAUGCCGUUCAGCUGCAAAGUUUGCAGGAAAGCAUUUGCAAAGAGCGGCGAGUUGAGGCAACACGUCCGGAGCCAUAAGUCUGACGACCAGUCUGCCGUCAGGAGCAGACGCGGAAAAACAAUUCUGACUCCCUCCCAUUGCUGCAAGGUCUGCGGAAACGCCUUUCACAACAAAGGUAACUUUGUGCGUCACGCUGAGACUCAUUUAACCAAUCCUGAAUGUUGCUGUGGCGUCUGUGGAGAGCAGUUAGAGUCGUCAGAGAGUCUGCAGAUCCACAUCCAGAGCCACAGAGAAACGAGCAGGAUCUGCGACAUCUGCGGCAUCAGCUUCAGGGACAUGGAGCUUCACAUGAGGACGCACACGGGCCAGAAACCCUUCAGCUGCAAAGACUGCGGUAAGGACUUCCCCAGGAAAGGUUCUCUGGAGCGACACAUGAGGCUGCACGCUGGCGAGAGGCCGUUCAUCUGCGAGUUCUGUGGGAAGACGUUCAUCGAAAACACAGUCCUGAAGAGACACAUCAAGAGCCACACAGGCGGAAAGCCGAGGAUUUACUCCUGCGACGUCUGCGGCAAGAAGUUCACCAUGAGCCAGCAUCUGGACGUGCACAAGAGGAUCCACACUGGUGAGAAGCCAUACACUUGCAGGGUCUGCGGGAAGAACUUCCGGCAGAUCGGCAACCUGGACUCCCACAUGAGGAUUCAUACGGGCGAGAAGCCUUUCAUCUGCAGCCUCUGUGGGAAGAGGUUUCGCCAGAAGAUCUCGCUGGAGACGCACGAGAGGUUCCACAAGAAGGAGAAACCGUUUGGCUGCCAGCUGUGCAGCAAAGGCUUCGUCCAGAAGAUUGACCUAAAGAGACACAUGCUGACGCACACCGGGGAGAAGCCCUACAGCUGCCGGGUCUGCGGUAAGAGCUACCAGGAGAAGCGCUCGGUGGACUCGCACAUGAAGGUGCACACUGGAGAACGAGUUGCCAAAGAUUCAUCUGUGACUCAAAGCCUGAAACAACAGGAAGGAGUUCACUCCGAUUUCAUGCAGCUGUCUCAGUUCCGCUACAGGAACCAAACAGAACUGUAUCGUCGUCGUUGUCCUCCAGUCCGGCAGAGGGCGCUGUUCGCUCUGCGCUUCGACCCGGAACUCGGUGUCUCUGUUUCCUCCCGCUCGCUCUCUUUGUUCGCUCCGAGCCUCGAGGUGCAGAAGAGGAGCAACAUGUUCGCUCCGAGCCUCGAGGUGCAGAAGAGGAGCAACAUGUUCGCCGUGCAGCUGCUGCGAGUGUCGGUACAUGAGCGGAUCGGCGCCGCCGCUGAAGACUUCCUGCUGCAGGUGGAGAAAGGAGAAGAAGCGGCUCGAGUCCCGGCGCUGAGAGCGCUGCUCACCGAGCGGCUAACGGCGGCGGCGGAGGAGAUCGUCGGUCUGUUGGAGGAAACCGUGGCGGAGUACGAAGACCGAGUGGAGCGGUCCGAGCGGGAGAUCUGCCGCCAGAGGAGGCUGCUCGAUGCCGUGCUGAAGCCCGAAGUCAGGCUGCACCGAGCAGAGAGUCCUGCAGACGUCCAGCAGCUGAUGGUCGGUGAAGAGGAGUGGAGCCCCGGAGUGAAGCAGGAGGAGCCAGAGCCCCCCCACAUUAAAGAAGAGGAGCAGGAGGAGCUGUGGACCAAUCAGGAGGAGGCUAAUGUCACCAAGUUCACUGUGAAGAGUGAAGAAAAUGAAGAGAAACCUCAGACUGAGGAGACCAGAGAAGACUGUGGAGGAGCAGAACCAGACAGGAACUCAGGUCCUGAUGGAGAACCAGGUCCCGAUGGAGGACCAGGUCCUGGUGGACAUUUAGAACCAGUUAGUGAAGACAAUUCUCUGGACUCUACUGACACUGAUGACAGUGACUGUGAUUGGACACAAGCCAACGCAGCUCUGUUGGGUUCAGAGGUCGAUAAAAACAGCGAAGGUGGCGUCGGGUCUCCAGCGAAGGAGAGACCCUUCCCCUGCUCGUUCUGCGGCAAACGAUUCAGCCUCAAGGGAAACUUGAACAGACACGUCAGAGACCACACGGGCGAGAGGCCGUUUCCUUGCACGGGCUGCGACAAGUCGUUCAAAGACAGUGGCUCGCUGACGGCGCACAUGAGGUGUCACACCGGCGAGCAGCCGUACAGCUGCUUGUUCUGUGGGAAGAACUUCAGUGGACGAGGGAACAUGACGAGACACAUGAGAAUCCACACGGGAGAGAAGCCAUUCACCUGCUCAGUGUGUAACAAAAGUUUUCAUGUCAAAGAACAUCUCAGCCGACACAUGAAGUACCACACGGGAGAGAAACCGUUCAGCUGCAGCAUCUGCGGCAAAGGUUGUGCCCAGAAAACCGACCUGAAGAAGCACAUGAGGGUCCACACGGGGGAGAAACCCUUCAGUUGCCCCUUCUGCGGAAAGUGCUGUGCCGAAAAAGGAGACCUGACCAAACACAUGAGGGUUCACACGGGGGAGAAACCGUUCAGCUGCAAUGUCUGUGGUAAGAGUUGUGCCCAGAAGGGAAGCCUGAAGAUCCACAUGAGAAUCCACACGGGGGAGAAACCCUUCAGCUGCUCGGUCUGCGGCAAACGCUUCACUGUCACGGGACACCUGAAGAGACACAUGAAGCUGCACGCCGCCGCAGACCGUCCGCCGGCCGAGUCUGAGGAGACCGAGUCGGGCGCAGCACAACAGGAAGUGAACACGACGUGAAGAGUCAAUGAGGUGGUUAGAGAUGCAGCUCUGAUUCUUGUCCUGUCGUCAGGGGAUAGUUGGUUCCCGUCCCGCCGUGUGAAGGAAACUGUCUGAAUCCGCGACAAUGUAAUGGAUUCUCUUCCCCGCCCUUGUUUCAUCCUUCCAGCUUUUUAUUCGAAAAUUGUUCUGUGAUUUUCGUGUAAUUCUGCUGAUAAACAGACAGACAGCGGUGAAAACAGAAAGUUCCUCUGCGGAGGUUAAAAGAAUACAUUAACUGAUUAUGUAGAAAGUGAGAAGUGUAACUUCCACAAACUUUUGCCGUGGGGUAACAUCAGAACAGCCUCUUCACCUUCAUCAUCCGGGACCGUCUCAGUCUGUAGAACGGACUUGACGUCGGUCAAACAGCCGAACUCACGACGCUGCUCGUUCACGUGAGCAGCCGAUAGACAUUGAUCUCUGUGACUGAAGAUUGGCGGAGCGAGCGCUGUCUGUUAUCAAAUCAGAUUAAAUUCAAUUUGCCCCGUCUCUCACACACGCACACACACGCACGCCAACGUCACUGACUGCACCUGUGUGUGGAUCAGACAAGAUACACACGGAACAUGUUGUUGACGAUGACGCCCCGGGACCGUCAAUUGGAAAGACGAGAUGACCUCGCAAAGACACGAUACGAUAAUCUUUUUUAUGUCCGGUGACAUUUGGGACCAGUAGUAGUGAACCAGACACUAAACAGACUAACCCUAACAAAGAGUUCGGACUUAGGACGUCAAGUUAUUACCAACUUAGCUUCAAGGGGCAUUGAGCUAUUCUAAGGCAAAACAGGUUUUGUAAAAUUCUGUGAAUAUUUCCUCAUGGUCCGUCAGCUGUCGGUUCCAGUUUUCAGCUUAGACCAGGUUCUGUAAAUCGAAAACAAAACAAAAGGUGUGAACGGCGCCGCCUUUCAGACCAGUUGGUGCAGAACCGGCCGCAGAGCUUCAUGUUCUUAUGACACUAUUCUUCACAUGAGUUUUUCUACCUGACUGUUAAUAUGUGAGGUUGAUAUCUUACAGUUAACCAUGAAUCUGAUUAUACAUAACUAUAAACAAAAAGAAAACACAAGGCGAACCAAAUAUUUAUCUCAAAUAUUACUCAAGAAAUGAAACUUCAAAAGGAAAACAAGAUGAUCUGUCAUCACAACUGAAGACUGUUUUCUAAAGUCACGAUAAGCUCAGUGACGUGUCGUUAGAAUAAAUAAUAUCAGGUGAGUGGAUGAAAACUUAUUACAGUUCCCACUCAUUCGAGGAAAUUCAUGAAUGAAGCAGCAGCUGGACUUAAUCCUGAAGCCAGACUCAAAAACAAAGAAGUCAUGAUUGCUAGCUGACACUGACCCCUGAUUGGUCGAGAGAGUGUAUGGGUGGUUGUUUACUUUUUUUUAUGUGUUUCAUGUCACAACGCUAUGAACUGUGGGUAAUUCCCCUCAGCCAAAGUCUGCAUCGAUGCUGACUGAAGGAACGUAAAGGACGUGAAGGGUUGAAAAGGUCCGCGAGCGAGUCAUCGUGCACCGGACAAUUUGACAGUGGGUCAGAAACUAAGAACUCACAGACCGAACGCGAGUCAAAGUCUGUGAGUGCCGCCGUGACUCCUAAUGACGUCACCAGCACGAGAUGGCAGACAAAGUCCAGACGUCCCAGUUUUCCACCAGCACUUAAAAGCAGCAUACAGUUGUGAAUCUUUUUGGAGCCGACUCCAAACUCCACAUGCACGUCAUCAGCUGAUCUGUGCACAUGCAUUUAACAACCUGUAGAUAAAUAAAUACAAUGAAUGUCACAGACAUGUUUGGAUACGUGUUCCCACAGGAAGCAUUUAUAAAACUGAACACGCACGUGUGAAAUAAACCCAAAGUUACGCACAAAUCAUUGAACACACUUAUCUUGAGGAUUAUGGGGCACAUUUCUGUCCAUAAUAAUUAAACUACUGUUUAUGGACUCCAUCGUCUCUGGAUCAACGGUAUGAUUGACUGAUUAUUGACAGAUUGUUGAAUAUAUCUCUCUGCAGGAAUAUUAGUCGUAAUAUUUCAAAUCCUCAUUCUGUUUGUCUGGAUCAUAUUCAACUACAUAUUAGCAGUAACGGUGUUACGUAUUUCAUUGUAUGUUGUACCUUGUUCUUGACUCUGAAUUGCUGCUGCUCGUGACUUUAGAUGGAAUCUGUCACUUCCUCCUGUAAGUUUGCAUCUAACUCUUCUAUAAGUUCUACUCUCAUGCUGCUGAAACAGCCACAUUUCCCCCGUGGGGAUCAAUAAAUAUAUAAUAAGA